GUCAUGUAUUUGACGAGUCCAGAUCAGAGGCUUCCCAGGUUUCCAUAUCUGCUGCUACCUCUGCAGCCAAAGCGGUAAAGGGAGGGGGAGGAGCUCUCUUCCUACCUCUCUGUCUCUUUCUGGCUUCUCUGCCUUUCUAUUGGUCUCCUAGCUUACCUCUUGGUGGCGUGUACUGGCCCACCCCUCCUCUCUUUCUAUCCCUGUCUCCGAUGCAGUUAUCCAGGCAGCAGGGAGGGAGGCUUGCAACAGACACACUCUCUGCAUGGGUGAAGAGAGCUGGUGGGUUAGAGGACUAGAGGACAUUAGAGCCACCUCUAUCCUCUUCCCACAUUCAUCAUCUUAUGACGAUUUGUCCUUGGACAUAAAAAGAGAGUCACCUGGUGAGGUGGAGACUUAUUUCCUUGGAUGACUUUGCCAAUGAGGCAAGCUUCCUGAGAGGACUUCUGAAAGUGAUCCGAAAGCUUUAGUUUUUUUUUUCGUGUGUGUUCGGUGAAAGGGCAGCCAUGGCUCACGCCGCGGCUCACAUUAAGAAGGCCAGGUCCGAGAUGGACCAACCUCCGGACCUGAAGGCUCUGGAGAAAGCCAGAGAGAGGAGGAGGCGUUCCCGGGAACGGGCUGAACGCAAGCGCAAGUCGGACAGUAACACCAGUUUCCUGCGAGCGGCGAGGGCGGGAAACAUUGACAAGGUUUUGGAAUAUCUGAAAGGGGGUGUGGACAUAAGCACCUGCAAUCAGAAUGGUCUUAAUGCAUUGCACCUGGCAGCCAAGGAGGGCCACGUGGAUCUGGUCCAGGAACUGCUGGACAGAGGAGCGGCGGUGGAUUCAGCCACAAAGAAAGGAAACACAGCACUUCACAUAUCCUCCCUCGCUGGUCAGGCUGAAGUGGUGAAGAUCCUGGUCAAGCGAGGAGCUGACAUCAACGCACAGUCUCAGAAUGGAUUCACUCCUUUGUACAUGGCCGCUCAGGAGAAUCACCUGGAUGUGGUGCGAUACCUUCUGGAGAAUGGAGGCAACCAGAGCACUGCUACAGAGGAUGGCUUCACUCCUUUGGCCAUCGCCCUCCAGCAGGGCCACAACCAGGUGGUUUCUAUCUUACUGGAGAACGAUACUAAAGGCAAGGUCCGCUUGCCCGCCCUGCACAUUGCCGCCCGCAAGGACGAUACCAAGUCAGCCGCCCUGCUCCUCCAGAACGACCACAACGCUGACGUCCAGUCUAAAAUGAUGGUCAAUAGGACUACUGAGAGUGGAUUCACCCCUCUGCAUAUCGCUGCCCACUACGGGAAUGUCAACGUGGCCACGCUCCUGUUGAACCGAGGGGCGGCAGUCGACUUCACUGCAAGGAAUGGGAUUACUCCUCUACAUGUGGCCUCCAAGCGUGGCAACACUAAUAUGGUUCGCCUGUUACUGGACCGUGGCUCUCAGAUUGAUGCUAAAACGAGGGAUGGUCUCACUCCCCUCCACUGUGCAGCUCGGAGUGGGCAUGAUUCAGCUGUGGAGCUGCUGCUGGAGAGAGGAGCACCCUUACUGGCCAGGACCAAGAACGGCCUGUCACCCCUCCACAUGGCAGCACAGGGUGACCACGUGGAAUGUGUCAAACAUCUUCUGCAGCACAAGGCGCCGGUUGAUGACGUCACACUGGACUACCUGACAGCGCUCCAUGUGGCAGCGCACUGCGGCCAUUACAGAGUCACCAAACUGCUGCUGGACAAGAGGGCCAACCCCAACGCCAGGGCACUGAAUGGCUUCACUCCACUGCACAUAGCCUGCAAGAAAAACCGUGUGAAGGUGAUGGAGCUGCUGGUGAAGUAUGGAGCUUCAAUCCAGGCCAUCACAGAGUCUGGUUUGACUCCCAUCCAUGUCGCAGCCUUCAUGGGUCACCUGAACAUCGUUCUGCUGCUGUUGCAGAACGGAGCCUCGCCCGACGUCAGCAACAUUCGUGGAGAAACAGCGUUACACAUGGCAGCCAGGGCGGGUCAGGUGGAGGUGGUCAGAUGUUUGCUGAGGAACGGAGCGAUUGUGGAUGCUAGAGCACGGGAGGACCAGACUCCCCUCCAUAUUGCAUCCCGUCUGGGAAAAACAGAGAUUGUCCAGCUGCUGCUGCAGCACAUGGCCCAUCCUGACGCUGCCACAACCAACGGCUACACCCCCCUCCACAUCUCCGCCAGGGAGGGGCAGGUGGAGACGGCCUCUGUGCUGCUGGAGGCCGGGGCUUCACACUCACUGGCAACCAAGAAAGGUUUUACUCCCCUUCAUGUGGCCUCCAAGUACGGAAGCCUGGAUGUAGCCAAACUUCUGCUGCAACGUCGCGCUCCGCCUGACUCUGCUGGAAAGAACGGCCUCACCCCGCUCCAUGUCGCAGCACAUUAUGAUAACCAGAAGGUUGCGCUCCUGCUUUUGGACAAAGGAGCGUCCCCCCACACCAUGGCCAAGAACGGCUACACUCCCCUCCACAUCGCGGCGAAGAAGAACCAGAUGGAAAUCGCCACAGUCCUGCUGCAGUACGGAGCCGAGACCAACAUCCUGACCAAGCAGGGUGUAACUCCGCUCCAUCUGGCCUCCCAGGAGGGCCACGCCGAGAUGGCUGACCUGCUCAUGAGCAAAGGAGCUGAGAUCAACGUCCCCACCAAGAGCGGCCUGACUGCCCUCCAUCUGGCAGCCCAGGAGGACAGAGUGACUGUGGCUGAGAUCCUCGCCAAGAACGGAGCCAACCUUGACCAGCAGACCAAAUUGGGAUACACGCCGCUCAUUGUAGCAUGUCACUAUGGUAACGCCAAGAUGGUCAACUUCCUGCUUCAGAAUGGAGCCAGUGUCAACGCUAAGACCAAGAAUGGAUACACUCCCCUCCACCAGGCGGCCCAGCAAGGCAACACACACAUCAUUAACGUCCUGCUGCAGCACGGUGCCAAGCCCAAUGCUAUCACUGUGAAUGGUAACACUGCCCUGGGCAUCGCUCGGAGGCUGGGCUACAUCUCUGUGGUGGACACGCUGAGGGUCGUCACAGAGGAGAUCAUCACCACCACAACGACGGUGACAGAGAAACACAAGCUGAGUCCGGAGACCAUGACUGAAGUCCUGGACGUCUCCGAUGAAGAGGGCGACGACACGAUGACGGGUGACGGAGGGGAGUAUCUGAGGGCAGAGGACCUCAGGGAGCUGGGAGAUGACUCCCUCCCCGGACAGUACCUGGAUGGGAUGAACUACCUCCGCUUCAGCCUGGAGGGGGGACGCACCGACAGUUCAGACAGGUCCUUCACCCCCACCCACCACAGCUACUACUCCCCCAAACAUGAAGGCCUGAUGGACGAGAUGCUCAUCAGCCACCAGGUUUCAUCACUGGCGAGGGAGAAUGAGAGAGAUUCAUACAGACUGAGCUGGGGAACAGAGAACCUGGACAACGUGGCUUUAUCUUCUAGUCCCAUCCACUCCGGCCAUUCCUCUCCGUGCCAUGAUCAUGGAGACCACAGCAGCUUCCUGGUCAGCUUCAUGGUGGACGCCAGGGGCGGAGCUAUGCGUGGUUGCCGGCACAACGGUCUGCGCAUCAUCAUCCCGCCGAGGAAGUGCAGCGCGCCCACACGGGUGACGUGCCGGCUCGUGAAGAGACACCGUCUGGCCACCAUGCCCCCGAUGGUUGAGGGCGAAGGCCUGGCCAGCAGGCUUAUCGAGGUGGGGCCCUCAGGAGCCCAGUUCCUCGGUAAACUCCACCUCCCGAGUGCCCCUCCACCUCUUAAUGAGGGAGAGAGUUUGGUUAGCAGAAUCCUCCAGCUCGGCCCGCCGGGGACAAAAUUCCUCGGUCCUGUGAUCGUGGAGAUCCCUCACUUUGCUGCCCUGCGGGGGAAAGAGCGGGAGCUGGUGAUCCUGAGGAGUGAGACAGGAGAGAGCUGGAAGGAGCAUCACUGUGAACACACCCAGGAGGAGCUCAACCAGAUACUCAACGGCAUGGAUGAGGAGUUGGACACCCCGGAGGAGCUGGAGAGGAAGCGCAUCUGUCGUAUCAUCACCAGAGAUUUCCCACAAUACUUUGCAGUGGUUUCACGCAUCAAGCAGGACAGUAAUCUAAUUGGUCCUGAGGGAGGUAUCCUGAGCAGCACCGUUGUGCCCCAAGUGCAGGCAGUUUUUCCUGAGGGGGCCCUCACCAAGAGGAUCAGGGUCGGACUGCAGGCCCAGCCAGUCAAUAUAGAUGUUGUGAGGAAGAUCCUGGGGAACAAGGCCACCUUCAGCCCCAUUGUCACCCUGGAGCCCCGCAGGAGGAAGUUCCAUAAACCCAUCACCAUGACCAUCCCUGUCCCCAAGAGCAACUCCGACCCAGUCCUGAACGGUUUCGGAGGAGACACGCCCACCUUAAGACUGCUCUGUAGCAUCACUGGUGGAACAACGCCAGCCCAGUGGGAGGAUAUAACAGGAACCACUCCAUUAACAUUUAUUAAUGACUGCGUCUCCUUCACCACCAACGUGUCUGCUAGGUUCUGGCUCAUCGACUGUCGGCAAGUCCAGGAAUCUGUCAACUUCUCCACUCAGGUGUACCGGGAGAUCAUCUGCGUCCCUUACAUGGCCAAGUUCGUCAUCUUUGCCAAGACCCACGAUCCCAUUGAGGCCCGGCUGCGCUGCUUCUGCAUGACUGACGACAAGAUCGAUAAAACCCUGGAGCAGCAGGAGAACUUCACUGAGGUGGCCCGCAGCCGAGACGUAGAGGUCCUGGAAGGCAAACCUAUCUAUGCAGACUGCUUUGGAAACCUGGUUCCCCUCACCAAAAGUGGCCAGCAUCACCUCUUCAGCUUCUUUGCCUUUAAGGAGAACAGACUAGCACUCUUCAUCAAAAUUCGAGACAACACUCAGGAGCCAUGUGGCCGUCUGUCCUUUAUGAAAGAACCCAGGAACUACAGGUCACUCACGCAAAAUGCCAUAUGCAACCUCAACAUCACUCUCCCAUCAUACUGCAAGGAGUCCGAUUCAGACCAAGAGCCAGAGGACGAGACCAGUGGAACGCUAGAGAAAUAUGAAGAGACGGAGACAUCAGUCCUGAAAUCAGAGCUGAUGCGAGAACCAGACCUCCUAUCCGACGUGUCAGAGAUGAAACAAGAUUUGAUCAAAAUGACUGCCAUCUUGACUGCAGACUCCACAGAGAAAUCCCCUUCCUUAGGAGGGUGUGGUCUAGAGAAAGGGACUGAGGACAUUUCUGGAGAACCAUUAGAAAUAAUGGAGAAGGACUUAGAGAAAGUCAAAGAGGACCUAGAGAAAGUCAGUGAAAUACUGAGGAGCGGAACAUAUGAGGGCGAGGAGGCAGCAAAAGCAGCUAGAAUGUCAGAAGAGUGGGUUCUCCUUUCAGAUAGCGAGAUAGAAGAGGCCAAAAAGAUGGCAGCUUUAGAAAUUCAAGAGCCUAUCUUACGGGAAAGUAGAGCUAACAGAGGAGCUCCCAGACCUAAAGCCAUAAAGGACAGUGGUGACCUUAAAGAAUACCUCCUGGAUGCACCAGUAACCUCCAAAGUAAAAGUUAAAAAAGAGCCAGCCAGCCAAGAAAGAUUCACUGAUGUUGUACUACGCAAAGGUGCAAAACAAACCACUCCAACCAAAGUGCACGACAAAACCACUGCUGGUGAUGUUAAAAAGCCAGUCAGAAGGAAGGGGAAAGACCUGGGACAGGCCGAGGAUUCAACAGAGGCAGGUGCUCUUCUGAGUGUGCCUACAGCCCCUGUCCCAGCAUCGCCUGUAUCCCCAGUGGUUGAAGAAACUCCCAUUGGGUCAAUAAAGGACAAAGUCAAAGCUUUACAACAGAAAGUAGAGGCAGAGCAAAAGAACAAAAAGUUAACUGGAAGCAAGCCUUCACAAUUGCCUGUUAUGAGCAAAUCUUCUCCCAAAGCCAAAGAAAACCCUAAAUCAAAACAGGGCCCCCCUAAAUCCCCUAAACCUGAAUCUGAAAAACUUGAGGAGACCAUGUCAGUUAAAGAACUGAUGCAAGCAUUCCAAACGGGGCAGGAUCCCUCAAAGAGAAAGUCUGGGCUGUUUGAGCUCAAAACAUCUACUACGUCAAGAUCAGAGAAAACCACAAAAUCAGAAACAACGCAGUCAAAAUCCAUGACCAAAGCAAUAACCUCACGUGUUUCUCAAGAGCGAGAAGUAUCUUUGGAUUCCAAACCUCGCAAGAAAGAGACUACUCAUCAAGACAGAGAGAAAGAAACCAAGUCAGUUGCUGCUGCUCAUCCAGAGUUGACUGAAACCGUAGACUUUGGAAAUGGUGGCCUUGAUGACAGCUCUGACAGCUUAAAACAUGAGGGUGUGGCAGACUCACUAAGUGCUAGCUCUGGAGAUGGAACCCCUCAUCUUAGCUCUGAGGACAGCUACAAACAUGAGGGUUUAGCCACUCCAGGCACAAGUCCUGAAAGUCUGUGUCUUUCUCCCAAAACUGGACAUCAGACCUCUACAACUUCAGCACCAGCUACCACAACAAUCAAAACUGAAAGUAAAGACACAGAGAAGUCUGGAAACUCUGGCGUAGGGGCCACUGGUGAUCAGCUAUCUACAGAAAUGACCCUCCCUGUCUCUUCCAGCGAGGCUGCAGAUGACCACACUACAACAGGUUUGCAUGACGGAUGCCACAGCAAAGAGAUCAAGAACACAACAACAGCCAGUGUCACUUCAGAGGGACCUCACUCUGUCUCAGACCAGCAUCAUUCAAAAUCCAAACUGGAAACCACACAGGAACAGAGACUCUCAUCAUCCCUAAAAGCUAAUAAAGACUAUAGUGACAAAAAGGCUGCUGUAACAUCAGACACUGAAAACAGGACUGAUGAGCAAAAGGAGGAGUGCUUAAGGAAGUCAAGGGAAAACAAAGGAGAUCAUAAGGAUGGACAAGAGUUAGGUGUUACACUAAAACCAGGUAGCAAUGUUACAGAUGAAGUGAAAGAAGAUCAUAGGGGUCAUACAACCACACCAGAAGCGGGACUUUGUGCAACUGUUGCCACAGAUCAAACAAACGAAAUGUUCAAACCGGAAGUCUGUAUCUACGAUGACACAGAGGAGGAUGAUGAGGGAGUGGAACCUCCCAGAACCGAGUCAAAAGGUGUCACUGCAAAGGUGGACACUGACUCAUGGUCUGCCAUGCGAGAGGAUGAUGCCACUUUUGCAGCUCGUGUCAAAGAGGAGGAACAGAAGAUUCUGAAUCUGGUGGUGGACCGUCAGUCUCUGCAGGCAACUCCAGACACAACACCUGGUAGAACACCAACAGAAGAGAGCACUCCUACCAGUGAACCCAACCCUUUUCUCUUCCAAGAAGGGAAACUCUUUGAGAUGACCCGAAGUGGUGCUAUUGACAUGACUAAGAGGAGAUAUGAGGAAGAGGGGGGUGGCUUUGCCUUUUUCCAGAUAGGUGAACAGCCUUUAGAGGAGCCUCUGUUAGAAGAGGCCAGGCAAGAAGGUAGGGGAUCAGCAGCAGAACCUGAAGUUGGCCUCAAUCUAACACUAGAGGUAAAGGCUGAGGAAGAUGAGAAAUCAAAGGAAACAUCAGAUUCUCAGCUUCAGUCCCCACCUGAAGGUGAUCAGCCAGCCUCUAAGGCUGAUGCCUCCAAAUCUAAAAUCCCUAAAAUGGGCAUUUCAGCUUCAGCCAAACCCACAAAGAAGGAUCAGACAUCCCCUGAAGGUCUAGAGACUAAAACAAACAAAAAUGCAGAUGAAGAAUCCUUAGAUUUAGACACAAGUUGCCCUGACGAAUUGAUAACAAAUGUACAGACAGCAGAAACUACAGUCACUAGAUCUGUUUACUCUGAGCAGGGCCAAGAGUCCUCUGAUUCUUCUCCAGAAGAACCACAGUCAGUGAUUGAAGCCCCCAAACCAACAGGCAAGUCUAAACAAAGUACUUCCAGUAGCAUUAAAAAGACUCCAGCCAAAACACAAGCUAAGUCUGCUCCUCAAGGUGGCGGUAAAUCCACAAGUCACUCUCCAUCUCAUGCAACUUCUUCUUCAACCACUCUUAAAAAAGAGGCCUCCCUCACUUCUGAAUCUAAAUCUAGAAUUCCCAUCAAGGCUAGCACUGUCAAGCCCGAGUCUACUGUCAAACGUGUUGAAUCUACCCAAGACAAAAAGCUCAAAGUCCCUGUAAAAAAGGAUUCAAGGAGAAAAUCUGAGACAGAUGCGGGUCCCUCUGUGGAUGUCAAAACCAAGACACCAUCUUCCAAAGCCAAGAGCUUCUGUGAAGGGGAGUCUACUAGGCCAUCUUCUAAAAAAGAACAGGGUCGUCCCUUGAGUGCCGAGUCAGCAAAAUCUAAAGGCUUCCAAUCCAGAUUGCCAGUCCGGGGCAAAAGUGGUCAAUCAUCUCAUUCACCAGCACCCACUAAAGAGAAAAGUGAGCCACGCAAAAAGUCCAUUGAGUUCUUUGAAGAGAUAAGCGAUGAAGCAGCAAAACUUGUGGCAAGGUUGGCACAGGCAGAGACAGAGAAAGAACAAGAGGCUGCAGCUGGCAACUCGGAUGAUGAGAGCAGUCUCAUUGAUCCGUCAAUCAUAGAAAGAGAACCUUUUCCUGAGAUGCAGUUCCCUCCCUCAGGAGACAUCUUUCCCAUUAGACCACUGUGGGACGACCCUGUUGAGACACAGAUGCAGCGAAUCCCAGAUGAUAAAGUCCAAAGUCAAGUAGACCCACAGGAUGAAGCAGAGAGAAAAGAGGAACGGUUGGCCAUUAUAGCCGACCACCUGGGCUUCAGCUGGACGGAGUUGGCACGAGAACUGGAUUUCAGUGAGGAGAGAAUCAACCUGGUAAGGACUGAAAACCCCAACUCACUGCAAGACCAAAGCCAUGCCCUUUUGAAACUUUGGGCAGAGGGGGAGGGACAGCAUGCCACAGAAAUGACAUUGAUCAAAAGGCUGACAAAGAUUAACCGAAUGGACAUUGUUCACCUCAUUGAAACCAAGAUAAUCAAGUCCACACAGGAGGAGACGACAUCACAUACCUAUGCAGAAAUUGAGCGGACCAUAGCACUGGACCAUAGUGAAGGUUUCUCUGCUCUUCAUGACGACAUUGACAGCCCCAGGCCAGGCAGGCGCACGGAGCCCACACAUAGGAGUCCAGGCUCAGGACAAGAGGUCCCCAUGGUGUCAGCAGAGGACCUGUCCUCCAGUUUGUCAUCACUUCAUGACACGACAGGACGAUCAGAGACAGACUCCACGGCAACAGGACUUCUUAGAAAUACCCAGAAAGAGAAACUACAAAAAGAGAUGGAGACAACAUACUCAUCACAAAGAAUAUAUGAGGAAGUGACGGACUCGGUACACACAGGCAGUUUUAAACAAGAGAUAGCAGAGGAACUAGGGAUGCUGUCCUCUGAUAGCUCAGAGGAGGAGGUGGUGACCACCAGGGUGGUGCGACGCAGAGUUAUCAUUCAGGCUGAUAACCUUCCAGAUAUCCCAGCACAGACCGUCACAGAGGAGAAGUACACGGACGAGCACGGGAACAUGGUCGUUAAGAAAAUCACACGGAAGGUGAUUCGUAAAUGCGUAUCUGCGGAUGGCAUGGAGACACAGGAAGUGACCAUCGAGGGCUCUCACCAGGAGACGGUGAAGAUCGAGGAGGGGGACACUGUCUCCAGAGUGGUGAAGAGAACAGUGCUCCACAGUGAGGGAGAUCAGAGAGAGCUGACCUUCUCUGAGCCCCUGGCCCUGUGCUCCACCGCAGCAUCAGAGUUUGAGAUGGAGCCAGUGCAGGGUCGAAAGGUCAGCAAGGUUGUCAAGACGACAGUGGUGAGAGGCGAGAGGAUGGAGAAACAGACGGGAGACCCCUCGCUGGCUGCAGAUCUCCCCUCAGCCAGAGAGGACUUUGAGAAGGCUUUGAGUUAUGCUGGAGGCUUUGGGAAAGCUCUCCUGCCUCAUGUAGUAGAGAAAGAGAUUGUGCAGGAUGACGGUUCUGUGGUUAGAAGAAGCCAGAUGCGUAAGUCACGAACCCAGAAGAGGACUGUGGUGAGGGAUGCCCAGGGGAAGCACGUGCACCUGGAGCGUGUGGAUGACACCCCAGACGCCCUGCAGCCCGAUGCCCUGCAGCAGCACCUGCACCGACUGCUCCAGCGCUACUGUGAGGAUGACUUGGAGAAGGAAGAAGAGGAGGAGGAGGAAGAAGGAGAUGAGGAGGAGGAGGAGGAGAGCUUAAACUGAGUAGCUGCUUCCACAGAUCCUCUCCCUACAUUUUCCACUGAAGCCUUUGGUGACGUACGCUUCCUCAGAUCCCCUCCUGUUGUCUUUGCUGAUCACUGGACUCUUUCCCUUCUUUCUGUCAGAUAAUGGAACAGUAUUUUGUGCUUUAACACUCUUCCUUCCUUCACAUUGUGUUUGAUUUGCUCUUUUUGUGACCAAAGAUAGCACCCUUUGUUUUUUGCGGGAUUAUAUUUUCGGUGUUUCAUGUCUUUUCACCUUUUGGCUGCUGUGGUGUGGUGACGGUUCGACACACCAGAGGUGGAUCAAAAUCAUAGGGGGCAUAUGGGACAUUUCGCCUCACGCACAGGCCUCUUCUUGAAGAACUCUUGUAAACAUUUGUA